AUGCUGUGAAACUCACUCUUGAGGAAGUCCAUUUCUGGGUGAGCGUGUAGAGGAAGGGUUGUUCUCCGAGCUUCAGGCAGCAGUAAAGCGGUAAAAUGAUCGUCGUCAUCGAAGACCAGGAUGGCUUUGACAAAGCUUUGGCUGGGGCAGGUGAUAAGCUGGUAGUGGUGGACUUCACAGCCACGUGGUGUGGGCCUUGUCAGAGCAUCGCACCUUUUUACAAGGGUCUGUCUGAAAAUCCUGACUAUUCUAAUGUGGUCUUCCUCAAAGUAGACGUGGACGACGCACAGGAUGUAGCGCAGUCGUGCGAGAUCAAAUGUAUGCCAACAUUCCACUUCUACAAGAACGGGAAGAAGCUCGAUGAUUUCUCUGGGUCCAACCAGACUAAGCUGGAAGAGAUGGUGAAACAACACAAAAACUGAGUCGGAUAUUACAAGUGUUUCCUGUGUAGCCCAAUCUCCAGUUUUCGUAACAAUAACUCCAUAAAUCUGUUAUUUGUUAAUGAACUUUCAUUUUACAGCCGUUGUUGCAGGUCCGAAUCUGCCUUACACAGUCUGUUAUCCAUUUUCAUUCUAAAUAAUUACCUCUGUAUGUUCCUGUGUGUUCAUACAUAAUGUCUUUUUUUCCCAAGACCAAUAAACACAAUUAUAAGAAAA